AGUUGCUUUCACUUGUUAAUUCCUGAGCUAACAGAUUCAAAAAAUGAGUGAACUGGAACAGUUGAGGCAGGAAGCAGAACAACUGCGGAAUCAGAUUCAGGAUGCCAGAAAAGCAUGUAAUGAUGCAACACUUGUCCAGAUCACAUCAAAUGUGGACACUUUGGGUCGGAUGCAAUUGCGGACAAGGCGCACACUGAGGGGCCACCUGGCUAAAAUCUAUGCCAUGCAUUGGGGAUGUGACUCAAGGCUACUAGUCAGUGCUUCCCAAGAUGGAAAAUUAAUUAUUUGGGAUAGCUAUACAACAAAUAAGAUGCAUGCUAUUCCUUUGAGGUCCUCCUGGGUGAUGACCUGUGCUUAUGCUCCCUCCGGUAAUUACGUUGCCUGUGGAGGCUUGGACAACAUCUGCUCUAUAUAUAACUUAAAAACCAGAGAGGGUAAUGUGAGAGUGAGCCGAGAAUUACCAGGUCACACAGGCUAUCUGUCCUGCUGUCGUUUUUUAGAUGACAUUCAAAUUGUUACAAGUUCAGGAGACACAACUUGUGCUUUAUGGGACAUUGAAACUGCCCAGCAGACCACCACGUUCACUGGACAUUCUGGAGAUGUGAUGAGUAUUUCUCUGAGUCCUGACAAGAAGACUUUUGUCUCUGGUGCUUGUGAUGCCUCUUCCAAAUUAUGGGAUAUUCGAGAUGGAAUGUGUAGACAGUCUUUUACGGGACAUGUUUCAGAUAUUAAUGCCGUCAGUUUUUUCCCGAAUGGUUAUGCAUUUGCCACUGGCUCUGAUGAUGCCACUUGCCGGCUCUUUGACCUUCGUGCAGACCAAGAGUUGUUACUGUAUUCCCAUGACAAUAUCAUCUGUGGAAUCACUUCCGUGGCCUUCUCAAAAAGUGGGCGUCUCCUGUUAGCUGGUUAUGACGACUUCAAUUGCAACGUGUGGGACACGCUGAAAGGAGAUCGUGCAGGUGUCCUUGCUGGUCAUGACAACCGUGUCAGCUGCCUGGGUGUAACCGAAGAUGGCAUGGCUGUGGCAACAGGCUCUUGGGACAGUUUUCUUAGAAUCUGGAAUUAACAGUGUCAUACAUAUUUUCUCCAUCAAUAUCUGGAGAAAUCAAUGCUACAGCAUAUAGCUGUGAAAAAAAUCCUACCUUAUAUUUCCAGGUGAAGAUUUUUCUAUUGAGAUUAUUAUAUACGAAAAGCUUUCAGUAAACUCUCCCCCCCAAAAAAAGUAAAAAAAAAAAAAAAAAAGGCCUGCUGAGGUCAAUGUAUUAAUUUGAGGAAUUGGGUUAAUUUUUCCUUGAUGAAUGAUGUGCAUACUGAAUCUCUUUUCUUUGUGUAGAACAGAAUGUACACACUAUAGCAGCUCAUCUUUGUGUGUGUGCAUUUUUAAGAACUAAUUUUAGAAUCUGUAUACACAAGAAAUGCCGUGUUUUUGAGUUUUCUAAUGGAAGAAGCAGGCACAGUACUAGAUGGAAGUGAUACUCUGUGUGUACUUAAUGUGAAGCAAAGGCCUUUGCAUUCUGGCAUUCCUUUUCAUCUAAAAAGAUCCUAAUGGCUUACUGUUUAAGAAAAGAUACCUCUAAGGAGAGUCAGGAGUUUCUCAUGCAUCCGGCGCCAUACAAUCGAUAUACACAAAAUGCUGAUUUUCAGUCCUCCGAAGGGACUGAAUAUGAAGGCCAAGGAUGAGAGAUUUCACUGACAUUUUAGACAUACAUAAGAAACUUCAUUAGAAUGUAUCUUAUUAGUGAAAAGUAGAUAAUAAUAGCAUACAAAUGAUUCUUGGCAUUUUAAAAGCCUGGUUAUGAUUCUUUGACAUUUUGAAUAGCCCUCUGAAUAGUUGGACUUUCCUGUUGAUUUCAUAGUCUGGAACUAAGUUUGUAGAGUGUACUUAUAUUUCAGAAGUCUGAUAAACACUUGGAUUGUCCCUGCAUCUGAAGGAUCUUUUCCAGUGUUCUCUCUCAGUACACAUCUAGAUGGGAAAUAUAGUCUGAUAGUGUUAUGUUUUGAAAAGUGUAAAAUCUAACCAAUCGCUAGCACUGAUUUGUUAUAAGGUGGUUAAUGAAUUUUAUGUUCAUGUAAUAUAAAAUAUGAAAUGAUAUAAAAUGUGUAUGCCUUUAAGUUUUAAAAAGGAAACAUUUAAGCUUUUUGCUUCUGUAAUAUUUCUUCCCUUCGCACAAAAUACUGGUUUUGCUUCAAAGAAUGCCUAGAUCUGAUUCCACGUUAAAGCCAAAAGAAAAAUUCCUAAAGCAAUUGCAAAAGGAGUCAGAGAAUAUAUUAAGCAAUUCCUCUGCUUGCCAGUGAUAUAAUGUGUCUAUUACUUGAAUGCCUCCUGCCCCCAAAUUAAAAAUACUUUUCCUCUUGGAUUUUUUUUCUUACAAAUAAAUAUCAAUGAUUGACAGUAGAUUGUUAGGCUUGCUUAAUGGUGAAAUCUCGGGCUAUUCUGAAUAUAGAAGUGCAUUGUGUUUUGUAACUUAGUUACUGUGCAGAUGGGUCUGUGCUAACAUUGGAUCACCUGUAACCCUAACCUAAAUAUCCCCACAUUUUAUCUGUAAAGUUUCAUUUUUAUAUUGUGAAUGUACUAACAUGUGCAUCAACUGUAAUGAUAUCACUAUCAGUUUUGCCAGUUGAUAAUUAGAAGAGGAUAAAAUGGAUAAAGGCAGAUGAAGAUACAGGAUGCAUACAGUAUUGGAGAUGGCAGUUGCGAAUGUAUAUUUAUAUUUUGGUUGAGAUUUCUAUGAACUUUGUUUUUAAUGUUUAUUUGUGGGCUAUUUAUAUCCCUUUAUAAAGAGCAGCUUGAGAGAAGGCAAGAAUAUUUUAAAGGAACGUAUUUCCAAAAAAAGGGAGAGAGGGUGGAAAUUUGCCAUGUAAUUCAGCAGUUCAUUCCAAAAUCCCAUUCAAGAAAGUACUUCUGUUAUCCAUAAAAAUAACCUCAUAUAUUUGAGCAUAUCCUCUCCACUUAAAAGUUAUUGUAAUAAGACAGUCUAGUCAGUCAGGCAUGUAGACCACAAGAAUUCUAUGGCCUUGAUAUAGUUUAAAAGGACAUGUAUUUGAAAGUUUGUGUAGAGGUGUUUAAAACAAUUCCAGUAGUUAACAAAUGUAUUAGGCAACUAAAAACUAACCACGGUCAAACACUUGUGGUGAAUUGUAUAUACAACCAAAUGGUGACAAAGUAACCUCAUUACCACACGGAUUACUAAGCUAAAUCUUUGCUUUCUAGUGAUAGGGGUUCCAAUCGCUAAGUAUUCUUGUUUACUGACAGUUUGAGUUGAACUGAUGGUUUAAUUCUGUUGUUGUGCAAAGACUCCCUGAUAGAAAUAAGAGUAUGUAAUUUGUAGAGACGUUGUAAGCCUGAGAAAGAUGGCUGAGUUUAGUUGUAAAGAAUUUGCACCAUCAAGAAUAUUGCAGUAAUCUGAUGUCUGUGAGUUUUCCUUCUUUACCUUAUAGAAAACAUUUCAACAUAAUGUGCCUCAGCAGUUGAUUUGUAUCAUGUCAAAAGUCAUGUUUUGACUGACAAGAAUAUUGUAGAGGUGCAUAUUCUAUUUCUUCUCUCUGGGAAGAUUCCAGAAAUACAUAUUUUCUAAAACAAUAUGAUCACCAUGCGGCUUAGCAAAUCAUCCCAAAAUCUGUCCAAGAAAGCACUUCUUGCUAUGAGCAAGACUUUCUACUCCACUUUGAUGGACAGGCCUCAUUUUUGGCAGCUAUGUUGUUAGAGAUUUAUAGACUCGAAUUUUAGUUGUGAUUCCAAUACACCAUGAUGAAUUCUGUCUUCACAGAGGCAAAGACUUGGGCUUAAUCUCUCAGCAGAAAGUGCCUGGUAAGCAAGUCUCAUUUUAGACUCAGAUGAGCUGAUUCAAUAUCGCACGAUGAUAGUAGCUAGUCUUCUUGAAAUACUUGAUGUAGGUGCCUCUGGAAUAUGUUCAGGAAUUUUAAAGUUAACCUAUUAAAAGAGAAAUGGAUCUCAACUUCUCCAGGUCACAAAAUGAAACUAUUGCUUAAAAAAAUGCAGUGCCAAUAUUAUAUAACUGAGCUCUUCCAACACUUGAUAUUUUAGAUUUAAUAAUAACUUAAGACCUUACGUGUUUUAAACAUGAAAAUGUUCAGGCAAACUUAUGCUUUGAUACGAAUGUCUCUGAUUUUAAAUUAUAACAGGGUUGAGUACUUGUGGCUUAUCGUUUAUGUGUUUAACUUGGGGAAACUGAUGAAACAGCCCCCAAGAUGAGUCUGUUGUUUUUAACAAUGAAGAUGCUCUUUCUAAAAUCUUCAGGGUCUGAGUCAGGCAUUUAAGAAAAAAAGUGCUUAAGUAUACGUUCAACUUCUUUCCCUAUUGCCAUUUUGAGAAGCAUAAUUUUAAACGCUCAACUCCUGUUAGAAUGGUUUAAAGCACCCACAGGUGAGACCACCUUGCUUAUGAGCUGCAUGAUGAACGAACACUUUCCAGUUGGGUUAAGUGGAAUGUAAAGCACACCUCAGAUUGAGUCGUUCUCCUUCCAUGGUUCAUUUUGAGCUGCCUCAAAUUCAGUGUCAUUUUAAAACAGUGGUUACAAUAGUAGGUACUCUAAAAUCUUUAUAGAAUGUCUAGGCUAGCAUUUUAACAAGUAAUUUAUUAAUCAAAAAUUGAUGGUACACUUUGUAUUUAGCAGAUGUUUGCAUGUUGAUAAAAUUUUGUUUUCGUAAAUCCAGUUACUGAUUUUGUAUUAGUUAUGAUAAUACAGCAUUAUGGGGGGGUUGGGGGACUGGUGUUUCAACUGGUGUUAAAUGCACCCCAACAAAAUCUUACAUCAUACAGUAUUUAUUAAUUAAUAGAACUUCAGUGAUAUAUACUUGGUAGGUAUUUCAAGCCUGUCUUUUACACAAUGGUGCUCUAUCCUAUUGUUUUCUCUUUUCAAAGAAGCAUCUGAACACUUGCAUUUGCAUUUUCUUAUCCAAAGGCAUCCCCAUCAAAGUGUGUUCUAAAAAUUGAUUAGAAUAAUUUCCUGUUAAAGCAUUCUGAAAUGUUUUUCUUCACUUAGAGUGGUUUCUACAUCCUCAUGGUCAGUUGACUGAAUGUUAGUACAUCUAAUUAUGGGAAAGGUAAACAUGCUGGAUUAAAGCCCUUCUAAAAGUUUUAAACCAUAUAUACUAUGGAUUUGUACCAUGACUUGAGUAUUCUUAGAUCGUUCUCACAGAUUCAUUCCUUUAUUUGUACAGUGGCUUUGUAAAAUAAUGUUGCUGUGAGUUGAUACUGUAAUCAAUAAAGUGCUUUUAACCCAA